AUGAAGACGAAGGCUCCAAAGGGCUCUGCUGUGGGCUCUGUUGCGCUUUUUGACUUCGCCGCAAGGGAAGAAUUCAUCACAGGAGCUUCUAAGCGUAAGGAACAACGCAGGAAAGAGGCCCAUGAAAGAGCCCUCCAGAAGCAAAAGGAGGAGAGACGACUACUGCGAGCCCAGCGCCGAGAGGAGAUCAGAGAGCACAUCAACUACGUGAAGCGCAGCCAAGAGCUAGCCGAGGUGGCAGCGGAAGUUGUUACUUCUCUCCAGGGCAAACGCCAAAAGAGGUGUGUUGGCAUUGAAUCCCGAGGCGGCCACAGCAAUACCAGCAGCCAAGCAACGAAACAAGAAGGUGACGCAGCCGAGAGGGAUUGGAAGGCUCCGAAGCCCCAUCCGGGCCAAACAAGUGAAGCCGUUCAGGCCGUUCGUUUGCUGCCACCGCCGACAAAUGACGCUUCCUCCUCCCCUUGGCACAUCGGCUCUUGUGUGUCGCUCUCUUUGGGGGGAUUUAUAGAACCCCAGGCAGCAGCACCACCACCAACCGCGAGGGCUCCGCACCCUCAGCAAACACAGUCUGAGGCGUCUGGUAAUUCAAAAAGAAAGCAGCUACAGAAUCCUUCCACAUCCGGGACGCCAAACGUGGCCAUGAGUGUUAAGAAACGACCUCAGGGGACACCGAGAGGCGCGAAGUCUGGCAAACAAAAACAGAAGAAGAGACACAAGUCUCGUGGUACUCAAAGAAAGCGGAGAAACCGCAAGUGA